CUACAGCGCUGCCGCCAGGACUCGCUGCGCCCUGCCGGGGAGCGGCUCCGCGGAGCACUUGACUGCGCCCUGCCAGUGACUGGCCGCGCUCGCCGGCGGGAGGAGGGGACUGGCAGCCAGGGCAGGCGUGUCCCAGCUGCAGAGCAGGAUUUCCGCUCUCUUCAGGCCCAGGAGCUGGUACUGCCUCAGCGUUUAAAAUGGACCUUGACAUCCAGUGCGAAGAGCUGAGUGCGUCCAGAUGGACCGAGCUGGUUUUGUCCAUGAACACAUGCAAAACUGUCAGGCUGGAUGAUUGCAGUCUCUCUGCUAAUAACUGUAAGGACAUUGGCUCUGUCCUCAGUUCGAACAAGUCCCUGACUGAGCUAACACUGAAUAACAAUGAACUGGGCGAUUCAGGAGUGGAACUGCUGUGUAAAGGGUUGAUGGCUCCAAGCUGCAAUUUACAGAAGCUAUGGCUGCAGAACUGCAAUCUAACAGAUGCCUGCUGCAAGCAUCUCCGUUCUGUUCUGAGCACAAAGCCGUCUCUGAUCGAGCUGCAUCUGGGUGAUAACAAACUAAAAACUUCAGGUGUAAAAGUGCUGUGCGAGGGACUGUUGGAUCCCAACUGUCAGCUACAGAAGCUACAGUUAGAAUAUUGUGAACUCAAGCCUGACAUCUGUGAGCUGCUCUGCACUGCUCUGCGCACAAAGUCCUCCCUGAAGAUGCUCAACCUAAGUAAUAACAGACUGGGAGAUCCGGCAAUAAAACUGCUGUGUCAGGGGUUGAUGGAUCCCAACUGCAAGCUACAGUCACUGCAUGUGGAGAACUGUCAUAUCACCACUGCUAGCUGUGGGGAUCUCAGCACUGUUCUUGCGUCGAAGCCAUGCCUGACAGACCUGUCUGUGGGAGAGAACAAGAUUGGAGAUGCAGGGCUAGCGCUGCUGUGCCAGGGACUGCUGAAUCCCACCUGUCAAAUAGAGAAGCUAUGGUUAUGGGAGUGUGGUCUCACACCUGCUAGCUGCAAGGAUCUCGCCCAAGUCCUCAGAACAAAAGAGUCCCUAACGGAGGUGAGCCUGAUUGGUAACGACCUGGGAGACGCAGGAAUGGAGCAACUGUGUCAAGGACUGAAGGAUCCAAAAGCCAAACUCCAGGCACUGUGGAUAAGGGAAUGUGGUUUUACAACUGCCUGCUGUAAGAGCCUUAGCUCUGCUCUUGGCACAAACCAGACCUUGAGAGAACUGCAUAUGGGUGGCAACAAGGUAGGAGAUGCAGGGGUUGAAAUUAUCCAUGAAGGACUGAUGAGCCCCAACUGUAACUUACGGUCGCUAUGGCUGGGUAACUGCGAUCUCUCAGCUGCUUGUUGUGGGCAUCUGGCUACCAUCAUCUCUUCCAAACAGUGCCUCACAGAGCUAGACCUGAGCAACAAUGCGCUGGAGGAUGAAGGCGUGAAGAAGCUGUGUGAAGCCCUGAGGCAGCCCGGCUGCAAGCUACAGCAACUAGUUCUGUACGACAUCUACUGGAGUUCUGAAACAGAUGAUGAACUGAAGGUCCUGGAAGAGUCCAUACCUGGACUCAAGAUUGUUUCCUGAGUGGUGCAGUUCAAGAUGUGACCAUGUGCUGAGCACUGUCCUUGCCCUCUUUCUGGCUCUUUAUCUGAACUCUUCAUAGAUGCAGUUAACCAAUGAGUUUAAUAGAGAAUGUUUGUUUUUACAAAAGAAAAAAAAUCAUGGAAUCUCUACAACACAAAUGUCCUUCAAGGGAAUUGGCAUCCUGCUGUGUAUUCUUGAAUAUACCAACUCUGAGGCUCACCUGAGCUUCAAAGUUUCAUUAGAGCAUCUCUAUCCCAGAGGUGAAGAAUAGUAGGCAUCUUCAAGAACUGGGCUGUUAGCCUAUAGAGGCAGCUCUAAAAUGCCUAUUUAAUGGGUCAGUCAAAAUUUCUAGAAGAUUCCCGUCUACUAAAGGGUUGGCAAAAAUAGAACCACUUGGUGAAUGUUUAGGGUUCAAUAGAUACUGCUUUUGCUGAGUUUCUGGGGAAAACUAUCAGGGAACAAAGCAAAAAUUGACACUAAAGUAACUCAUGCAUUCUUUGUGUAAGAGGUCAGUCUCCACCUGGGAAAGAAACCUUGGCAGGAACCCCUAGAAAAGGCCGAUAAGGGUAGGUGCUCACUUAAUACCAAAACUUUCUCUUUAAGAAGCUUUAUAGAAUUUUUUUUCCACUACUAGUAACAAUACUGUCUACAUCUGCUAAACUGAAAGUGGGUAAAUUCCAUGACCUGUUCUGACAAGGGUAGCUCUCUAGAAAUGUCAUUCUAAUAAACGUUUCACUGCAAAGAG